AUGAGGUUUCACACUCAAGAAGAUCUGUCCCCUGAGAUGCACGAAGAUGAUGAAGGAGAUGUUGUAGCCAAUAGGUUGUUCCUGUUCCUGUUGCUCUCAAUCUUCUUAAUUGUUUCCCUUUGUGCUGCCACUUUUGUCACUCAAGGAGUAGCUCAUAUGCAAACGCCACCAACAGUUCCAGGACUUUUCCUACCCGGCUCACCUAUUAAUCUUGUAAAAUGUUGGUCGUCUCUCUUCAAUGUUGAAGGAUGUGUGCUCGAAAUCUCCAGAUCAAUUUUCUCCGGAAAAUUAGAACAUGUCAAAGCCGCAUGUUGCAAAGCCUUUUCGACCUUGGAUGCUAACUGUUGGCCUCAUAUGUUUCCGUUGAAUCCCUUCUUCCCUCCUCUCCUCAAGGAUACAUGCGCUCGCAGUGUCCCUAAAUCUCCUGCAAAGAAUUGA